CAUACCGACCUGCGUCAAAAUGCAUUCCGCAGUGAAACCAACAGGCGAGUGGGUCGCAUUUUAAUUUAAAACGCAAUGUCGGAACAAGACGAAGAGAACCUGCAUAUAAUUAAAACGAUUUUGCAGAAGCUCGCUGCCCAUCACACAGCCGGGGCCUCGUUCGACCCCAAGCUAACUAAAAGAAAACACCUGUCGAAGGAAAAAUGGACGGGGGAUCUGAAACUUUCCAACUUCGCUGACAAGUUGGACGCCGAGAUAAAAAACUUUGACGACGCCCAAGCUGCGGGACCUGUGGUGAAGCAGUUGGUAUGUUUGAGAUCAGAAACUGUAGUUUUAAACGAAGAUCAGGAGGAAUACGUGCCGCUACCCUUCGACGCGUUGCUGGUGAUAUUUUCGCUAACCGACGAGCAGUUCAGGAAGAAGAACUUUCAAGGGGUGCUUCAUUACUACUUCGAAAGUCUGCGUCUCAAGAAAUCUUUCAGCGAAGAUGUUUUCCUGGGGUUAGUGAAGGCGGUGUCGUUAGCUGCCAAGCUCGAAGCCGCUUGCGGCUUGGUAACGUGCAGUCGGGUCGGGUUUGAAGAACUUCUGAGGAAUAUCUCAUCGGAUUUGAAAUUUACGCGAUUAAGCAGAGAAGAUAUCUACGAAAGCGUCCGCAACAAACUCAAGACGUCCGAAUACGAGCUCGUUUCGUACCACAUCACGCCGUUGGACGAGAAAAACGGCCACUUGGGCGACUACUUCCGGCUCAACGCGGAAGUGGAGACAUUCGGCAGCAAACGCGACCUACAACUUUUUAUCAAACUGCUGCUAAAGAACAACGAGGGUUUGAAACUCCUGGUGGAAACCGCAUCGAUCAAAGAGGAGUUCUUCUACCAAACGCUCCUGGCGGACUUCGAGCGUCACGGUCUCGAUCAGCUGAUGUCGUUCUCGCCGCGAUGCUACUUCAGCAGGGUUAACAACGUCUUGGUGUUGGACGACAUGACGGAGUUGGGAUUCGUGGGCUUCGAUCCGAGCGCCAUGUUGUCGUACGACGAGCUGAGCGUCUUGGUGCUGCAGCUGGCGAGGUUUCACUCUUGCUCGCUGAUAGUGGAAGAGAUGCUGACCGAGAAGGAGGGCAAACCAGUCCGACUGACCGAUUUGUACGGCGACUAUAUGAAAGACGUCGGCAAAUACUUUUUCUACGAAAAGACGGCGUACGCCGCCAGUACCGACGGCAUCACGUACUGCAUCGAACUGUUUCCGGAAGUCGCCACUCAAAUGCCUUUGGAGGAGUUCAAAGCAAGGGCCGUGAAACUCUACGAGGUCAACUUAACGAAGUGCAAAGAUUACCGGGAGUUUCGCAGGGCGGUUUGCCACGGAGACAUGUACGCGGCGAACACGCUCAUUAAAUAUGGCGACGCCGGUAAACCGGUCGAAGGCAGACUCAUCGACUUUCAACUUUUUAAAUACGCCCUGCCGGCGGAAGACUUGCUGGUAUUCAUUUACAUAAAUUCCACCAAAGACACCAGAGACGAAUACAUGGACAUCUUAAUCGAGGAGUACUACGCCGAGAUGUCUAGGUGCUUGAGGGUGUUUGGUUUCGACGCGGACGUCGUGUAUAACAAAACAGAUUUCCAAACGUCCGUCAGGUAUUUACAGUCGCUGGCCAUAUGCCACGCCAUGAUGUACAACCACUACGUCAAAGCUCCCGGGGAGGUCAGGCAAGACAUUUUCACGAACGAGGAGAAGCACAAGUAUUAUCUGAUCGAGCACAUGAGGGAAUUCAUAGACCUCGCGAUGGUCUCGGACGAUUACAAGAAACUUCAUGAGGGCAUGAUCAGGGACUUCUACGACAUCUGCUCGAGGGAGGACUUCGAAGAUUAGGUUUUAUAUAAAUAUUUGGUUAAUAUCUAAUACGAUGUAGUCAACAAUCUUUUAAAUAAAAUUGAAGCAGUUACGAUUCCAUUUCAAAAUAUUAAUCUCAAAUUUUCCUAUGUGAAAUUUGUUCAUUGGGAUAUUUUGAAUAUGUUUUAGGCAGUUUAGUCGGAUUCCACUGACUCAAAACGACAUCGUGGGCAGGUUUUCUUUUCCUUUUUUUUCAUCCUGAUCGACUUUUCACGAUUCCGACACUUUCCGGUUGCCGACGAGUACAUGUUGGAUUUGGCUCUUGUAACAUGGAAAAUGUUGUGAUAUUUCAAAAAUGGAUAUUUUGGAGUUUUGAUGCAGCCUGUUUCAGUUUUGAUGCUUCCUUUUUGGUUGCGAUAUUGAUUACGACGCCUUGGUAGUCCCGUCCCAGUUUCUU